AAUCGUGAUUAAUCGAAUUUUGGAACAGAGCUUAUACCGAAGGACCAACCUCGUUUUAUCCCGCAACGGAUAUACAUUUGUUCGUCUCUUCUUCUUCUUGUUCUUCAAGAAAUUAGGAUUUUAUUUUUGAGAUAUUCAAUUAACAAAAAUGGAAAAUAUGGAUCUAAACGCCCCGCACUCAAUGGGAACAACGAUCAUCGGCGUCACUUACGACGGCGGUGUCGUCCUCGGCGCCGACUCCAGAACUAGCACUGGUAUGUAUGUGGCGAAUAGGGCGUCGGAUAAGAUCACUCAGCUCACUGAUAAUGUGUACAUUUGCCGGUCCGGUUCGGCAGCUGAUUCACAAAUUGUAUCUGAUUAUGUUCGAUAUUUUCUCCAUCAACACACGAUCCAGUUGGGGCAGCCUGCAACUGUAAAAGUUGCAGCGAAUCUUGUUAGGCUAUUGUCGUAUAACAACAAGAACAUGCUGCAAACUGGUAUAAUUGUUGGUGGAUGGGACAAGUAUGAAGGAGGCAAGAUAUAUGGAGUCCCGCUCGGGGGAACAAUUAUAGAGCAGCCUUUUGCCAUUGGAGGGUCCGGUUCGAGUUACUUGUAUGGAUUCUUUGAUCAGGCAUGGAAGGAGGGAAUGAGCAAGGAUGAGGCCGAGCAAUUGGUUGUCAAGGCAGUUUCCCUAGCUAUUGCUCGAGAUGGUGCUAGUGGUGGUGUUGUCCGAACAGUCAUUAUAAACUCGGACGGAGUUACUAGAAACUUUUAUCCUGGUGAUACUCUCCCAUUGUGGCAUGAAGAACUUGAGCCCCAGAACUCUUUGCUCGAUAUUCUAAACGCACCUGCUCCUGAGCCAAUGAAUAUAUAAGCGGACCUUCUACGCUCAUUACCUUUUCGCUUUGGCCACUGUUUGUUUAAAAUUGUUAUGGGAUUGGUAAAGCAGAUGUUCUUUAAUUUUAUCAGUGCGCAACAAUCUGGUGGAUUGGAAAGUGACUUGAGAUUAUUGGUUUUUCCUAUCAUAGAAAACACUUUGGCUCUACCAACUAGUACCAUUUGUAGCACUCUUAGCUAAAGCGCUUGAGAUUUGUGAUGUCUUGAGGUUUUUUUGUAAAUUUCCUGUACAACUUCAGUGGCUAUGGUAAAUGAUGUUUGAAGCGCAAUCCUUCUC